ACGCGUUGCGCGUUACUAAGCGCAAAUGUGGCAUAUAAGCGCCAAAUGAGCUGCAGUGCCAUGCAGCCUGCGGCACGGCGAGCAGGCUGAGGAAUUCAACAGGUACCUCCCAAGCUCCUGGAAGAGCCCCAGCUGCCUGAGCUCAUUUGGUCUGAUUGAUGGAUUUAAAUGAUUUCUUACUGUGUAAUAAUCUUCCAAGAGGCUCCACAUCUGGCAUAUUUCCGUAUUUUGAAUCCUUUAGGAGCUAUUUAAGACAAAAGCUGCAUACAGGGAUAUUUCUUGGCCAUGGAGAGGUCCCUGAUUCUUUGCCCUGGCUGGGUCAAAGGUGCACUCCUGAUCCCAUGCUUUAUCCAGACAGCCCUGGCUGUGGUCCUCACCAACUCCACAGGGCUGGAGUCCAUUCUAGACAAGUACAGAAAUAGAGACGAGGAGUGGUGGAAGGCAAGGUCGAGAGGGAGGAGGGCCAUCAGCCAGGAGGACAUGCAUCUCAUCGUGGACCUCCACAACAAGCUGCGGGGUCAGGUCUAUCCUCCUGCCUCCAACAUGGAGUACAUGAUGUGGGAUUACGAGUUGGAACGAAGUGCGGAGUACUGGGCACACAUGUGUCGCUGGGAGCAUGGACCGAACCACAUGCUAACACAGAUAGGCCAAAACCUGGGAGUGCACUGGGGCAGGGAUCGCCCUCCAACCUAUCAUGUACAGGCCUGGUAUGAUGAAGUGAGACAUUACAGCUAUCCAUACUCCCAGGAAUGUAACCCACACUGCCCGCUCAGAUGCUCGGGACCCGUCUGCACUCAUUACACUCAGUUGGUGUGGGCAACCAGCAACCGCAUCGGCUGUGCCAUCAAUGUGUGCUACAACAUGAACGUGUGGGGAAUGAUCUGGGCUAAAGCUGUCUACCUGGUCUGCAACUACUCUCCUCCGGGUAACUGGUGGGGCCAUGCUCCUUAUAAAUAUGGAACUCCCUGCUCUGCCUGUCCAGCUAGUUAUGCUGGUGGCUGUAGGGACAAUCUAUGUUAUAAAGAUGGGGGGGUAAACAGGCGCCCACCUCCUGAAAUUGAGAAGACAAACUUGAUUGAACCUGAGCAAGAGCCGGUAAGGGACAGAGAACCUCAGCCAACACCCGAUCCAUCACCUAAUGACAAUGCUGAGAGAGACUGGACCGUCAGCACAGAGCAAAUGUCCCAACAGGUUGAGUGUGAGACUAAGCUGAGGGACCAGUGCAAGGGCACGACCUGCAACAGAUACGAGUGUCCACCUGGUUGCCUCGAGAAGCCUGGAAAAGUGGUUGGAACCGUCUACUAUGACAUGCAAUCCAGUGUGUGUGGAGCUGCACUACACUCUGGAGUCAUUGACAAUGAUGGCGGAUGGCUGGACGUGACGCGACUUGGCAGAAAGCAACAUUUUACCAAAUCAUACAAGAAUGGGAUCCAAUCCAUUGGGAAAAACAGAAGUGCAAACUCUUUCAAAGUAGACCCAGUACCUGUAAAGGCUGUUACGUGUGAUAUGAACGUGGCAGUUUACUGUCCUUUCAAGAAACCUGUUCGCCACUGUCCCAGGUUGUAUUGUCCAAGGAACUGCCUGCAUAGCAGUCAAGCUCAAGUCAUUGGAACAAAGUCUUACUCAGAUAAAUCUAGUAUUUGUAGGGCGGCCAUUCAUGCAGGAGUGAUCCAGAAUGAGUCAGGAGGGUAUCUGGACGUGAUGCCAGUGGACAAGAGGCAACAUUACACUGGCUCCUAUAGAAAUGGCAUCACAUCUGCAAGUUUAAUAAACCCCAUCGGAGGAAAAGCCUUUAGAGUUUUUGCAGUCAUUUAAAAAAUAAAUUCUUUUGAUCCACUUUCUUAACCCGCUGAAUCCCGUCAUGGGUUUGCCGGAGCUUGUCCGGCUACUGUUGUGCGAAGGCGGGGCACACCCUGGACAGAUCGCCAGCCCGUCGCAAGACAAAAAAGAAAUACAAAAGAAAACAUCAAAAAAGGCCACCUUACUUCCAACAUGCUCAUCCAUGGUGACUGUUUGGUUCACUGCAAAAGUAAACAAGGUAGGAAUCCCAAAACCUGUAGUCAAAGACUUCCUUGGAACCUCAAGGACUGUUUAAUUGGGUUAAAUUGCAUCAUGGGUAAAUCACUGUCCAGUAAGUAUGUAGCAAAGCAGAUCUGGUAAAAUGUAGACAUAUGUUUGUUGCCGCACACCGAGAUUUAUUGACAUAAAACAAAAUGGAAUGUUGCGAAAUGAUGCAUGGUACUGACUGCCGCACAUUUUAAAAAAAAGCCAUGCACUUUUCAAACUACAAAGGUAAACCUUUGGUUUAAUCUGGUUACAGUUAUAUAUGUGUAGUUCUAUAGUAACUCAUCAAACUUUCAGAAAACAUUGUACAUUUUGUAUAAACAUGUUGUAAAUAAUAGUAUUAGCAAUAUUAACUUGCUUCUGUGGUCUCAUUUGUUUACAUUUCUAACUCACCAUAGCAGCUGUACAAAGGAAAUAAGCAACAUGUAACUUCUGCAUGCAAAAUCUAAUAUAUGCAAUCCGAGCUUUUAUUUUUUAAAAGGCAGAAAACAACAUUAUUGUAGUUUAUCCGUAUGAUUGUAGAUAAUGGAAAACUUCUGUACCAUGCUCCCUUUUUAUUUACAUGCAGAAUUUCAAAUGUGUUUUUAUUAAUGGAGCCUGGCUGGCCAGGUCUAUAUACAGUAGGCAUGGCAGAAUCAUAAUAAAGAUUUUUUAAAAUACA